UUCACCUUGACCCCACGCUCCAGCGCGCGCCCGGCAGCUAGGAGCUGUGGUUUCUGGGUCCCCACCGAACCCCAACAUAAACCAGCAUAAAGCGCGCGCGCACCUCAGGCGGAUGUUCGGUGGGUGGCCCGUGAUCUGCGGGGGCAUUAGAGGGCCCCGGGCUGUGCUGCAGAGAGGCUCAAGAGGCUUGGAGAGCCAGUCUUGAAUUCACGUUUACCAACCAAGAAAACUUGAAAAUGAGCAGCCGACGGAAACGUGCUCCUCCGGUGAGGAUAGAUGAAGAAAAGCAACAGCAGCUCCGUUGGAAUAUGCAUGAGGACAGAAGAAAUGAACCCCUCCUCUUAACUGAUGACGAGCACUCCUGCCCUGGUUCAGAUUCCUCUUCUGCUCAUUGCAUCAUCCUAGAUGAUAGUCUGAAGGAAGAAGUGGCUCCCAGAGAUAAGAAGAGGUGUUCGGAAGUGGUGAGCGUCUCAAAAUCAAUCGACAGAGAAGAGACUGGUGGCACUUUUUCCCCUCUCUCUGUAAAGCUGAAUAUUGUGAUUUCUCCCUAUCACUUUGAUAAUUCUUGGAAAGCAUUUCUAGGAGAAUUAACUCUUCAGCUUCUUCCUGAACAGAAUUUAGUUGAAAAUUUUUCUGAAAGGAGUUUUACCUUGAUGAGUUCCGAGUCCAGCAAUCAGUUCCUGAUCUGUGUUCAUUCAGAAUGCGAAGAUGUAGAGAAACAGGAAAAAGGCCUCAAUGAGCCAGUCAGUGUUUAUGACACAGGUAUUCGAGUGGAAGCAUCCUUCAGUGGAGAAAUGUUAGAAGAUUUGGGGUGGCUGCAAAAGAAGAAAAGAAUAAAACUUUACCAAAAACCAGAAGGAAAUCGCAUAAUCAAGGUUGGAAUUUAUCUUUUGGAAGAUGGCCUAGCAAAACUAGACUUCUUGAGUGAUGCAAAUUCGAGAAUGAAAAAGUUCAAUCAACUCAUGAAGAGAGUGAUGGAAAAGUUAUACAAUUUCAUUAUUCCAGAUGUGUUGGAAGAGGAUGAGGAAGAUUCAGAGAGUGAACCAGAGGGACAGGACAUCGAUGAGCUCUAUCACUUUGUGAAGCAAACACAUCAGGAAGAAACACAGUCCAUCCAAGUGGAUGUCCAGCAUCCUGCAUUGACUCCUGUGUUGAGACCAUACCAAAGAGAGGCUGUCAAUUGGAUGCUACAACAAGAGCGUUUCAAAAGCACUCCUGCUAGUGAAAAUGCCCUGCACUUCUUGUGGCGAGAGAUUGUUACAUCUGAGGGUGUGAAACUCUACUACAAUCCAUAUACAGGCUGCAUCAUCCGCGAGUACCCAAGUGCUGGGCCCCAGCUGCUUGGAGGAAUCUUAGCAGAUGAGAUGGGUCUUGGAAAGACAGUAGAGGUGUUGGCUCUGAUUCUGACACAUACUCGACAAGACGUCAAACAAGAUGCUCUCGCUCUUCCGGAGGGAAAAGUGGUGAAUUACUUCAUUCCAUCACAUCAUUCUGGAGGAAAAGUGAAAAACACAGAAACCCAGAAUAUGGAAUUUGAACCAAAAGAAAAAGUUCAGUGCCCCCCUACACGUGUGAUGAUCCUGACAGCUGUGAAAGAAAUGAAUGGAAAAAAAGGAGUUUCUAUCCUUUCCAUCUAUAAGUAUGUCAGUUCUAUAUAUAGAUAUGAUGUUCAGCGGAACAGGAGUCUUCUGAAACGGAUGCUGAAGUGUUUAAUCUUUGAAGGUCUUGUGAAACAAAUCAAAGGCCAUGGUUUUUCUGGGACUUUUACAUUGGGGAAGAAUUACAAGGAAGAGGAUAUAUAUGAUAAAACAAAAAAGCAGGCAAUAGGGAGUCCAAGGAAAAUUCAGAGAGAGUCAAGAAAAUCGGGGAGCAAGGACACAGAUUCUGAAUACUUGCCAUCAAACACCUCUGAUGAUGAUGAUGAUCCUUACUAUUAUUACUAUAAGGCCAGGAGAAAUCGUAGUAAAUUGAGGAAAAAGCCUGUUCCACCCACAAAAAAGGGAAAAAGUCAGCAUGACAUCAAUCUCAACUCACAAGAUCACUGUCCAGCUACCAGUGACUGUGGAAUUAUUGAUGUUACCACAGCUAAUAGUACAUGUGUAUUUGACGUCAAGCAAGAACAUGAAGCAAAGGACCAAACUGAAUCUCUAAACCCAGCGGGUGGUGAUGUCCCAUUUACUAAUAUCAUGAGUCCCUAUAAUUCCUCAGAUUAUCGCUUUGAGUGCAUAUGUGGUGAACUUGACCAGAUAGACCAGAAACCUCGUGUUCAGUGCCUGAAAUGCCACCUGUGGCAACAUGCAAAGUGUGUGAAUUAUGAAGAGAAGAAUCUGAAGAUUAAGCCGUUUUAUUGCCCCCACUGCCUUGUUGCAAUGGAGCCAGUAUCAACAAGAGCAACUCUGAUCAUCUCCCCCAGUUCCAUCUGUCAUCAGUGGGUGGAUGAAAUCAACAGACAUGUGAGGUCGUCAUCUCUUCGAGUCUUGGUAUAUCAAGGAGUGAAGAAAGAUGGCUUUUUACAGCCUCAUUUUUUGGCAGAACAGGAUAUAGUUAUCAUUACCUAUGAUGUCCUUCGUUCAGAACUAAACUACGUGGAUAUCCCACACAGCAACAGUGAGGAUGGGCGUCGCUUUCGGAAGCAGAAGCGCUAUAUGGCCAUUCCCAGCCCCCUGGUCGCUGUGGAGUGGUGGAGGAUCUGCCUCGAUGAAGCCCAGAUGGUUGAGUGCCCUGCUGUCAAAGCUGCAGAAAUGGCUCAGCGCUUGAGUGGGAUUAAUCGCUGGUGCAUCAGUGGCACUCCAGUACAGAGAGGAUUGGAGGAUCUUUUUGGGUUGGUGGUCUUUCUUGGUAUUGAACCUUACUGUGUCAAACACUGGUGGGUUCGACUUCUCUAUCGCCCUUACUGCAAGAAGAACCCUCAGCACCUCUACAGCUUUAUUGCCAAGAUACUCUGGAGGUCCGCAAAGAAAGAUGUGAUUGACCAAAUCCAGAUACCCCCUCAGACAGAAGAAAUACACUGGCUCCACUUUUCUCCAGUGGAAAGACAUUUCUAUCACCGUCAGCAUGAGGUGUGCUGCCAGGAUGCAGUAGUAAAACUCAGGAAGAUUUCCGACUGGGCUCUGAAGCUCAGCAGCCUGGACAGAAGGACUGUCACUUCCAUCCUGUACCCAUUGCUGAGGCUCAGGCAGGCCUGCUGCCACCCACAGGCCGUUCGUGGGGAGUUCUUGCCACUCCAAAAAAGCACCAUGACAAUGGAAGAGCUGCUGACAUCUCUGCAGAAGAAGUGUGGAACUGAGUGUGAAGAAGCCCAUCGGCAACUAGUUUGUGCUCUCAAUGGCUUAGCAGGCAUCCACAUCAUUAAAGGUGAGUAUGCGUUGGCCGCAGAACUGUACAGAGAAGUGCUGCGUUCAUCUGAGGAACACAAGGGAAAACUCAAAACCGAUUCACUGCAAAGACUUCAUGCUACCCAUAACUUGAUGGAGUUGUUGGUAGCCAAGCACCCAGGGAUACCUCCUACCUUGCGAGAUGGCAGACUUGAGGAAGAGGCCAAGCAACUGCGAGAGCAUUAUAUGAGCAAGUGUAAUACGGAAGUUGCUGAAGCCCAGCAGGCUUUGCUACCUGUACAGCAGACCAUACGUGAGCUCCAAAGAAAGAUACAUUCUAAUUCUCCUUGGUGGCUGAAUGUGAUCCACAGAGCAAUAGAAUUUGCUAUUGAUGAGGAGCUGGUUCAACGAGUGCGAAAUGAAAUAACCAGCAACUACAAGCACCAAACGGGCAAGCUUUCUAUGUCAGAAAAGUUCCAUGACUGCAGAGGUCUUCAGUUCUUACUUACAACGCAAAUGGAAGAGCUCAGUAAAUUCCAGAAGCUGGUAAGAGAGUCUGUGAAAAAACUGGAGGGACCUCCGUCUCGAAAUGUUAUUGAGUCUGCAACAAUCUGCCACCUGCGACCAGCCAGACUUCCUCUCAACUGCUGUGUCUUUUGUAAGGCUGAUGAGUUGUUCACAGAGUAUGAAUCGAAGCUGUUUUCUCAGACAGUCAUAGGCCAGACUGCAAUAUUUGAGGAGAUGAUAGAAGAUGAAGAAGGACUGGUGGAUGAUCGGAUACCGACCACCAGCCGGGGUCUGUGGGCAAUAAGUGAGACAGAGCGAUCCAUGAAAGCUCUGCUGUCGUUUGCAAAAUCCCAUCGAUUUGAUGUUGAAUUCAUUGAUGAAGGAAGUACUUCCAUGGAUCUCUUUGAAGCUUGGAAGAAGGAAUAUAAGUUGCUUCAUGAGUAUUGGAUGGCUCUGAGGAAUCGUGUGUCUGCUGUGGAUGAACUCGCAAUGGCCACAGAACGAUUUAGAGUACGUCAUCCUAGGGAGCCAAAGCCCAGCCCGCCUGUGCUUCACAUCAUUGAACCGCACGAGGUAGAACAAAAUCGUAUAAAACUGCUGAACGAUAAAGCCGUUGCCACAUCACAGCUUCAGAAAAAGCUUGGGCAGCUUCUCUACCUAACUAACCUAGAGAAGUCUCAAGACAAAACGUCAGGAGGUGUUAAUCCAGAACCUUGUCCAAUCUGUGCUCGGCAGCUGGGAAAACAGUGGGCAGUCCUGACAUGUGGGCACUGUUUCUGCAAUGAGUGCGUCUCAAUUAUUAUCGAGCAGUACAGCGUGGGGUCUCACAGAAGCUCCAUUAAGUGUGCCAUCUGCCGCCAGAACACGUCUCACAAGGAAAUCUCGUACGUCUUCACCUCAGAGAAAGCCAACCAGGAAGAGGACAUCCCUGUGAAGGGCAGCCAUUCUACCAAGGUGGAAGCUGUGGUCAGAACUCUGAAGAGAAUCCAGCGUAGAGAUCCAGGGGCUAAGGCGCUCGUUUUCUCAACGUGGCAAGAUGUAUUAGAUAUUAUUUCAAAAGCUCUCACUGACAACAGCAUGGAAUUUGCACAGAUCAGUCGUGUAAAGACAUUUCAGGAGAACCUUUCAGCAUUUAAAUAUGAUCCCCAAAUCAAUAUUUUGCUGCUGCCCCUGCACACAGGUUCUAAUGGAUUAACCAUCAUCGAAGCAACUCACGUUCUCUUGGUGGAGCCCAUACUGAACCCUGCCCAUGAGCUUCAGGCCAUAGGAAGGGUGCACCGAAUUGGACAAACAAAACCUACCAUUGUACACAGAUUCUUAAUUAAAGCAACGAUAGAAGAAAGAAUGCAGGCCAUGCUGAAAACUGCUGAGAGGAGUCACACGAACUCGUCGGCGAAGCAUUCAGAGGCCUCCGUCUUGACCGUGGCUGAUCUGGCAGACCUGUUUACCAAAGAAACUGAAGAACUUGAAUGAAGUCCCCUUGAUUCAAUCCACAGACUUUUAUGUAUCUCAAAACAUUCGUAGCUUCUAGAGCAAAGUUAGAAGAAAAAAUCCAGUAGAUGUGAGUCAAUGCCGUUUUCAUUUGAAUGAAUUUCUCUUUUUUAGUUGUAUAAUGUUCUAGUAGUUGAGUCCUUUUCAAUAUACUGUUUCCAAAAGAUCUAUAAAGAUUUUUAAUUUUACUCUCCUAAUAAAACAUUUAUUUUUGUUCCAAAGAAUAUCUAUAUCUGAGGGAAUUAAGAGAGGUAAUGUGUACUUUUCUUUUGCUAAGAUCAGUCUUUAAAAGGGUUGGACUAAGAAAGUAAACUAGUCUAGUUUUAUAUGACCUGGUAUAUUUAACCAAUAUAGAUCUCACUUUGGGGAGGGCCUUCAGUGUCUUUAGCAGAUGAUUCCCCAAUGUUUCGUUAGUCAUAUUUUAAGUAAAUGGUGAAUUGUAUGAACUCCUAGUUAUUUGAGUAGGUUUAGACCGUAGCUCCACGCGUAGUAACUUUACAGUAAUAGAACUCUUCACAAUAAGUUCAUAUUAGGCAAUUUGUUCUUUUCUCUGUACCUUGCUACUAAAAAUCAAACCACUGAAUAGUUUCCUGUUUCUAUUACAUGGUAAAGAGUGUUGAUGUAAGCAGUUUAAGUAGCUUUUUUAAGGGUAUUAAUGUUUACCUUAAAAUUAUCUAAACUGCUUCCUCUACUUUUGAUUUUUCCUUUUAAGUUUUUACAUGUCUAAAGAUUGACGUAUCUGUAAAUAUUGCAAUUUUUGUAAUUUUAGUUCUUAUCGUUAUAACAUGGAAAUAUGGCGGGGGGUUUUUAGUCAUCAUUAUACUGAUGUGUUGGAUUCUUUUCCUUUCCCACAUUCCUGUGUGACUAGACUUUAAACUACUAACAUCUAAGUUGAUGAUGAGGUUUGUUAUGUUAUUCCGCUAGGACUUCCCUCAAGGCCUAGUAUUUGAUGUGUGGAACAGAAGAUGUCAUAUUCACAUAAGCAAAUAAUUGCAAAUGAUAAUAACCUAGGUUUUCUUCUUCUGUGAAGAAUGAAUGGACUUUGAAAUUGCUAAAUAAGGAAUAGCUUGUGUUCUAGCCCUUUGAUGCAAUACAAAUGUGCUUGUUUUGUUCUCUUUGAGCUUCCGAGUUUUAAAUGGCCCUCAGGACUCAUUAGCUCCUACUUAGCUGCCCAGAAAACUGUAGUAGAAAUAUCCCUGGGUCACACUGUCCAAGAGGCUCUGGUGCUCAGUUAAGGUGCAUUUUCUUAAUCUAGGUUUAUGGGGUGACAUAAUUCAACUGAAGAAAACACAUGUUUUUUGGUGCUUAUUCUUCAGUUAAAGGGAGAUAUGCAUUGAUUCUUUUAUAGGAAAUUAAACAGAACUAUUAUUUUUGUAGCUCUUGACAUAUUAUAAAGAGCUUUCCUAUACAUUCACAUGUUUAAUUUGCCCAACAAUCCUGUGAAGUUGGUAUAAUUAAUAUCAUUCCUGUUUUAAAGGUAGAGAACUAAGGUUCGGAAAUACUGAGAGACGUGCCUCUGACACGUAGCAAGUAAAUGGUGGAGCCCAGGUCCCCGACUCCAGCUCUCAUGUUCUUUUCUCAAUCGUAUGUCAUGCUGAGACUCAGAAGGUCCAUGGUUAUAAUUUAAUGAUGAGCAUAUUUCAAUAUUGAUGAGAACAUUUCAAUAUUUCUUUUUGUUUUUUUCCUAGGAUUCCUUUUUAAGCUCAAGUUUUAGGGAAAACAAUUUGAUAUGUUUCAAUUUUGUAAAAAAAAAAGUAUAUAUAUAAAUAUGAAAAUAUAGCUAUCUGUAUUAGAGAAAAACUGUUCUUAUUUAUUUCUGUAAGAUAUCAAUUAAAUAAAUAUUUUAGUGGAAAUUGAAAUUUGGGGAUUGAUUUAAUUUCUGAGCUGUAGAACGUGCAGCGUGGGUUUUUUGUUUUGGUCUCUCAACAAAAGAUGUAAAAAUUGUUUCUACAGAAUUUUAUAUUUCACAGCCUUCUGUUAUUUCUUCAAAACAGUUGUGACUAUUCUUCCACAUAAUUGUUGGAAACAAAUACAGAUCUAAUCCCCACAUGUCCUUGGCUGCAAACAGAAAACUUUUCUGUUUUCUUCCUCCAUCACUUUAUGUUCUCUGAAAUAUCACUGUGCUCACAAGUAGUUGUUCUUCAGUGGGUGCUGGACUGACGAACCAGCGAGGGAAAAUGACGUAAUCCCAGUCCUUAGAGAGCUUGAGCUCGUCUGGACCUGGGGACGCACUCUCUGCUGAUGAAUCCAGGUGAGCUUACUUGGCCUGAGAACUGACUCAUAGACGAUGUAAAAUACAUGUACCUAACUCCAUGGUCUUUUGCCUCAAACCCAGAUAGUUUUACUAUGCUAAUUGCAGCUUCAGCUUUUCUCUUUGAUGUGCUCUAGACAGAAUGAUCCAUGCGUUUAGUUUCAAGCCUUAGUCCCUUUCAUAUCACCUUAAUAACAACAAACUAAAAACUCUCGACAAAAUGAUUCGACAUGUAACCACAAAUUCUUUACAAAUAAUUAUGAAACGUAAUACUUAUCAAAAUACUUAGGAAUUGAAUUUAGCAAUGCAAGGUUCAUCAUCAACUCAAGCUACUCUUUCAAGUGGACAAACUUCUCUUGCUCUCAUUUGCUGGUUCUCCCAAGAUUUAGUGUGCUAGAGUUCUUGAUGUUUAUUAAACUACAGGAUAACCUUUGAAAAUGCAAAACCACCUAUGCUAAAGGACCUCAGGCUUCGUUAAACUGAAUAAAAAAUCUUUCAAUUUUUCUAGAAUUUAAAACAAAAUCCCACAAUAAUAUGCCAUUUCAUAAGGUUUAACUGGCAUACCACUGUGAAAAUGAAGUCAUUAAAACAGUACAGUACAAGCAAUGCAUUUUAAGCCUAUGUACUCUGAUAAAGGAAAUCUUCAAUAAUAUUUCUUCAAAGCGAGAUGAAUUAACUCUGUGUUUUAUAAAAUUUGCAAGAAUCUCCGUGUACCUCUGUCACGUUGUGAGGCCCACAUGAGUGCUGUCACGUAUAGGGUUGAAUGUGACCCACUUGCAAGCCUCCCUUUAGAGGAGGGCUGGGUGAGUAAUUGAUCACCCCAAAGGGAAUUCAGGUCUCACAAUAAAUAGGUUUGUGGUGUUGCCUCCGAGUUAUAGAACAGAUAAUGUCACAUAGAGAAAACAGCAUGAGAACUUGGCAGGGACCGAAGGUGGCGUCCCCAGCCUUCCCUGGCCUUCAGUGAGCCUUUCAGAGCCACGCAUAUCUAGUCUUUGAAGGGCCCACACCAUCCCUGGGAUCCUAGUCCAUUGUUUAAUAUCAGUGACUCGCGAGACUGAUUUUGUUUGUGAAAACUGACUUUGUUAUAUUCAAACCAAACCCUUUGUGCUGCAGCUUAUGCUUUUUUGUUGCAAAAGAGAAAUCAGAUUUAACCUUCGUUCUCUGUCAUAAUCCUUUGUACAGGUAGCUAUUGUUAUGAAAUUGUUCACUAACUUUCUUUCUGCCUAUCAGAUAUUCCAUUCCUUCAGCCUUUUCUUAAAAGUCUUCCUGUCCAAACCGCUUUGGUGUCUUUGUAAACCUGCCCUGAUGCUCCACGCCCCCACAGAGCCUCUUCAAGGAACAGUUGUGUCCAAGGAUGUGUUCUCAACGUGUGGAUCCUUCCAGAUCUGUGAAUUGUGUGCCUCACAGUUCUGACCCCUGACCCCUGACCCCUCCAGUGCCUUAAGGAGCUGACAUUUGUACCCAGAUUUCCUUAGGAAUCUAGUUUCUCCUCACUUCAUUAAUAACUUAUUUAGGGUGUAUCUACUGAGAUUACCUGUGCUGUUUUCAAGACCUAAAUUUAGUUUGUAUUUACCACAUCUCUAAUUCUGUACUCAGAACUGUAAAGGCACCCUAAGCCCCUUCUGUUUCCCAGCUUCCCAUAAUCACAGUGCUACAUCCAGUUGUUUUUCCAGACUCUUCAUAAAAAUUUCCAUUGACUAAGAUGAGGGCAUUGCUGCCUCUUGGUCAUGUUGAAUAGCUUUUCCCUUUACUGUCACAGAAUGAUGUUUUCUCAGUAAAUGCAAACCUAUGUUUUAAAAGGGAAUGUAUUUUAGUUCCUGAUCUUGCUUUAUUGUAUCAGA